CUGUCUCUGGUCUGAACCGUCACCGUCCGGCAUGGAAAUGUCACUCAAACAUCGUUUUAGAAACAACGGCUAAAGGAGAUGCUUUCACAGCCUCACCGCACGUUUCCCCUCAAACGAUUUUAGCGAUGAGGCUCAGUCAACACAACCUCAGCAUUUGAGCUCCUCAUCAUACAAGAUGAAAACCGUAUGACCAGCUCUGGAGUCGAGGCUGAGAUGGAGGAGCAAUAUUCAGAAGGUGAAAACCACAAGCUGGUAUCGGCCUGUAUAAGCUCCCAGUUAGGAGAUGGCAGCCCCGCAAAGGAGCAAAGCCAUGACCAGAAGCCAAUGGAGAGGGAGUCCCCAGAGAGCCCUUCAGCAAUAAAAAGAUGGGAGUUUGGCCCACUUCUACAGUCAUUCAAAUCCAAGAUGGCUAGCUUAACUGAGCUUGUCAUGACCCCUGUUCGGCUUUUUAAGCCCAGUGACUCUCUAUCCUUGAUCACACUUCCUGAUCGCCAUGAACAAUUGAUAGAGUCAAAUGCUGAAAAGGCAGAGACUGAUAAAUGUAGAAAUGGAUUGUUUCCAAAAAGGCCUUCUUCGGAAAAGGUGCAAUGCAGCACUGCUCCAAAACGCAGCAGAGUUGCACAGAGAUGGAAUUUUUGUACAGCUUCAACAAGUGACAACCUUGAACCAGUAUUGGAUCAUAUUCAAAUGCACGGCGAGAUUUCACCAAAUGAAGAAACUCAGAUAGACAGUCCUUCAAGCCAGUCACAAGCCAUCCUUCAGGAUGGGACACGUAAUGCCAGUCCUUGUAAAGCACAGAGUCCUCACCUCAGGACUAGACCAAAUCUGUCCACAGAAAAACUUUGGAAUUCUGUAAGUGCCAUUUGUGUGUCCGAGCAAUCCAAUGUUCAAACGGAUCCGCUGAUUGUUCUGCAUCAUCUGUCAGGUGAGAGACAGACCCGACGCACUGACACAGCCUGUGGACAUAGUCAUGAGUCCUACUUUUCAGAAGAGGAAUCAAACCUCUUGAAACCUGAAUAUAAAAGUAGCACAAACAAAACUUGUGCAAACACGCCCGAUGCUGGAGUCUCUUUUAGCGCUUCCUGUGAUUUUGAUUUGAUAGAUAAAGACACAAGCACAGUUGGCAGGGAAGAAUCUUUUUCACGUAUGGCCACAAGGAAAAGCCCUAGAAAGAAACAUCUGUCAGGGUCGGCUGGACCCCCUUCCACUGAACUGGCUUCUUUUGUGAAAACAAAAGGAUCAAAGACUUUGGAAGUGGGGAUGAAGGAAUCACAAUUAGAAAACAGUACGGAGUGGACACAGCACUUGGCUGAAAUAUCAGACCCUCCAGAGACCACUACUGUCAGGGAAGUGAAGCCAAAGAGAUGCAGAAAAGCUCUUCAGACAAACAAAGACUUGGAGGCCAGGGGGAAAUGUGAUGUACAGAAUGCUAAAGAGAGAAGACAUGCGAGGAAUAAAAAGGUAAAAAACAAUGGCAUCACUCUGGAAGUAAACCAGGACGAAGAAAUAUUUGUUCAGGUUAGGAAAAAGAGGAGAGGGUUUUCUGCAAUGCAACCACUCCAAGACUCAAAUGUGUCUGUUGGUACUAAUAAUGCUGCAGAUGGUGAGAUGAGAAAUUCUGUCAAAACCUCAGAUCAAAUGGGACAGGAUAAGAUAAGUCGUUUGAGAAAAAAUGUCAAAUGUAGAAUGUUACUGACCUCUAGCAAUGAAGAUGAUGCCACUGAAACUACAUCCUCUCAAAAUGGCAUACAUAAUGUCCUGAUUGACAAGACAAUGAAUGCUCCAUCAGAACGUCAACCUAUGCAGUCACAAGAGCCUGAGGUGACCACUGAAACUCGAAAAACAAGACGGCAUCUUAAAAGUACAGGUGUUUUGUUGCAGAGGAGGAACAUUCAUUUGCCCAAGCACAAGUUUGAGGACUGCGUGACUUCAGUGGUUGAUCCAGCAGGGCCUGAUAAACCUUCGAAAAUAACACUACUGCCGAGUGAACUGUCUGUUGUUGCAGCUGAGAAGCAGGAGACAUGUAUUUCUGGGCUGAAAGCAGAAGAAGAAAUACAGGAGAUUUUGCCACCUGUUUCAACAGCUCAGGUGGAUUCAGAACGAAAACUAAGCAGACCCACAAAGAAUUUAAUCCGACCAAGAAGAAAAGAAAUUUCCGUUGCAAAAAGGAUAGGUGCUGUUGGGGGUAACAAUGAAGCGGAGAGCAUAGAAAAGACAACGGAAGCUGUUCCAGUACUACCGUUUUCAGGUAGCGGUCCCAACCGCCUCCUGCGCAGCUACUCCUGUCCUGAAAUCUCGUCCCUAGGAUUCAGUGACUGUCAUUUCCCCCAGUCCCACACGCAUGCCUUAAGCACUACCUCACCCAGCAGAAAGAGCUCACCCACACCACUGCCCAUCCACCUUCACUCUCCGUCCAAGCGCACUCGCCGGCACACUGUCUGCAGUGUGGAGAUUGAGCGUGAAAUUGCCCCUUUGUGUCUCCGUAAGGAGGUGUACCCCUCUUCCCCUUAUUCUCCCUCCUCCUCCCUCACAGCCCUUGCCUCGUGUUUUUUGUCCAGUCCUUUAGCGUUCUUGUCUAAAAGCUCAAGCCAAGGGCAUAGUUAUAGUAGCGCCACCAGCUCUGGCAGUGUUUCAGCUCCCUCCAGUUUUAACACAUCAUCAUCAGCACCGUCCUCUUUCAGUCCCCCCUUUUCUUCCACCCUCCCGUCCUGUCAUGCUUUAAACGGCCCCUCCCCUGUCACUCCCAGCCCUGUGACCUCUGUGUCAUCAAUCUGCAGUUCUGUGGAAGGAGACAGUCGAGUGCUUCAAAUGGAGUGUGAGGAGUCAAUAGAUGAAGAGAGUUCACACUUUGACCUUAAACUCUCUGCUGCCUUCUCAGAGGAGAAAGCAUUAUCAGACUCUGAAAUCAAGACCGAGAUCAAGGAUGGCCAGCGUGGAAAGGUGUCCUCAAUUCGUAUCCGUAAAAAGAUUCCAAAGCCUCAGAAUAAUCUCACACCUAUGGGCCUUCCUAAGGUCAUCAGAAUAAAGAAGAAGGAUUUCAGCUUGGAAGAGAUCUACACAAAUAAAAACUUCAGCAAGCCUCCUGAUGGACGUUUGGAAACCAUAUUUGAGGUGCCUCUUCACCGGCGUGAUGGCUCUCAGGCUGUCCUGGGCCAAAAAAAGGUGAAGCGCUUUGUCGAAUUCCCUGAAUUGGGUGUUGCCAGGAAGCCCAAGAAACCUCUGGUUGGUGUACUGGCAGGGGGCGGAGCCCAGAGAAACGCUGGGUUCAGUAGAACCAGACGAGGGGUCGGGGUCUCUUCCAGAGCGGAGGAUGGCCUCACCCUGCAGCAGAUGGAGUCCCUCCUUUGCUCCAAGCUUCAGGAGUUGGACACCUGGAUGGCGCUGCAGCAGGUUUUGGGAUGAGGCAGAGCUCUUAAUUGUUCUGUCCCCAACAAUGGCCUUUGUGUGUAUUAUGUUAAAAUGUACUGUAAAUUUGUCAAAGCAGCAAUAAAUAGACUUGCAGAAGCUGUAAAAUGUUUUUGAUUACUUAUGUUAUGUAUAUCUGAUGUGACCAGAAACAACUCCGUUUUGUAUUUUUAUAAGCAUUCAAAGAAAGUACUUGUUUACAAUAAUCAGUGGCAUACGUUUAAGAUAUCUCUAAUUCCUCACAAAGUAAGAGUCACCAGGUCACUAUUAAACAUUCCUCUCUCAGUAUAUUCCUCUUUUAAAACACUUCUUUGGUUUAAAUGAAUGCCUUAUUAAUACACUCCCAGGAUGGCCUGUGUGUUUCAUUAUAAGGGAGACUGCACAAAGGUGUUUGAAGUGACAGCACUGAAUACAGGAGUUACCAGAGAGAUGAAAGUUUGCAUUGUUCAGUUUGAAAUUAUGCUUUAUACUUGGGUUCUCAUCUAGAAGAUUAAUGCAUUCUGUGCUUUUACUCAAGCACUCCAAAUCUAGUCCCUUCACUUAAUUUAGGCUUUUGUUCAUCUUUGAUGUAGUGAUUUAUAAUACUGUUUGUGAUGUUUGAACAUGUUGAAUGAUGAGUGUAUAUACGUGUUUGAUAGAUGUCUGCAUUCUGUAUUUAUAAUAGAAUCGGAUUGAAAUAUUUUGUAUUUUAGUGUUUUGUCGAGUUGUAAGAAGUUCACAAUGAGCAGCUGCGUUUUGACUGACACAUUUUAUUACAAAGCCUGAAAUACAUGCGUGUACAAAACAUCAGAAGCACAAAGUAUUGAAACAGUACGACUUAUUCACAAAAACAGAAUGUUAAUAAUGUAACCACAUCCAUAUCUCAGCAUUUGAAUGUUAUGCUCUCUGUGAGUGUCUCAGUGUUUCAUUUCCAAUUGGCAGUAAGAGCAUAAAUAAAAUCAGCUUGCUGAAGUGUAGAAGUA